CCAGCUUCGGGAGUAAGAAAUGCGUGCAAGAGUAGAUCCCAUUAUUGUACGUAGGUUUAUGAUGGUGAUCGCGAAAAGAGGGCAUGACAAUAGCUUCUGCUUCCGCCGAGGUCUUCUAAUGUCCGGGAUUGGUACUAAUAUUGUUGCCAGUCGCUCUAGAUAUGAUAUGUUUUUCGUGACUCCUGGGUGAAGUUCCAAUGAAUUGAUGAUUGUGACCUGUUACAUAGUCUUCAUAUAUAACAAAAUACUAUUAUUUUAUUUAAAUAACAUUACACCGAUUUAAAAAUGACAGCGUCCUUGUCAUUGCUGGCGAGUCAUGACGAAGUGGUUCGAUGUAUGGAUGUACUCAUCAAUGGCGCCCAUGAAAAAGAAUUUUUACAAAUGAGACAAAAAUGGUUGACAUCUAUUCAAGAAUAUCAGCGUCUUCAUUCAGCUUUAAAGAAAGCUCAGCAAGAAGUAGUAGAUUUAGAUUGUAAAUUAGGUCAUGCUAGGAGACUGUUAGAUGAAGAAAAACGAAAAAGACGGACUGUGGAGAAGCAACGAAAUUCAUUGGAAAGACAAAUUACUAUGGUUAGGUAUCUUUUAUUUAAUGAUGGUGGAAAAAAUUUGAAUGAUGAAACCAGGGAAAAGUUACAAUUCUUAAAUAAUAUUACAUUGAAUGGACGUCAGAAUAAUAUACAUAUCAAAGAUUUACAGCAAAAUAAUAAAUUAAUUACUAUGGCAGAGCUGGACUCCACUGGCUCUAUAUUAAGUGACUUAAGUUGCUUUUCAAAGUCAGAAGAUGAUUUAGAUAUCAGUGUAAUUAUUCAACAAAGUCAAAAGAAACGUGAAUGGAAAGAACAUAGAAUUAGUAGUGAGUAUUCUGCAAAGAAACACCGUAGUACUGUACAAAAGGUUGCAGAACUAAAUACAUCUGAUAGAAUAGUAGCUACAACAACUGUAGUUAUGCCUAAAGAAGAUGCUAUCACUGCAUCUUCUGUAAUUGAAGCUAUGCCAGGAAAUGAAAAUGCAAAUCCACAAGAUCCACUAUGCAGCUCAUCUAAAAAGCACAAGAGCAGUGAUUGCAGUAGAUCAAUAUCAACAUCUAUUAACACAAGUCAUAUACAAAUAAAUGCUACACCUUCUGCAUCAAAAGCUGAUAUCCUUACAUUGGAAUCAGAUUCUGAGGGUGAUUUUAAACCUAGUCCUAAUAUAGGGGGAUAUAUUUUAAAUACAAAGUCUGCUAAAGGUCAUAGUUUUAUAACUAAAACAGUGAUUAAACCAGAAAUUUGCACAUCCUGUGAUAAAAAAAUUCGGUUUGGUAAAGUAGCUCUAAAGUGCAAAGACUGUAAAGCCGCAGCUCACACAGAAUGUAAAGAUUUAGUACCAUUACCAUGCAUACCUACUGGAAAUACCCCUACUUUUCGUGGCACUUCAGGAACUAUAGCAGAUUAUACACCUAUGAUUCUACCAAUGGUACCAUCAUUGGUUGUUCAUUGCAUCAAUGAAGUGGAAUUACGAGGAAUGAGUGAACCAGGGUUAUAUAGGGUAAAUGGUGGUACAACAGAAGUAAAAUGUCUGAAAGAAAAGUUCCUGAAGAGAAAAGGUGCUCCCAACCUUUCUGAGGUUGAUAUACCUACCAUAUGCUCUACCCUUAAAGAUUUUCUCAGGUGUUUACGGGAACCAUUAAUUACUGUAGGAUUAUGGGCGGACUUUGUUCGUGCCACUACUAUUAGCGAUAAACAGGAUGCUAAUGCUGCUUUAUAUCAGGCGAUUUCAGAAUUACCACAGCCUAACAGAGAUACUCUCGCUUUCUUAACGUUACACUUACAAAGAGUAUCAGGCAACCCUGAAUGUAAAAUGCCUAUAAAAAAUCUGGCCAAAGUUUUUGGACCCGCAAUAGUGGGUUAUAGUUGUCAAAAUCUAUCGCCAGCUUCUUUGUUCACAGAAACCAGAAAUCAAGUUAUGGUAGUUGAAAAUCUGUUGAAAAUCCCUUCAGAUUAUUGGGCAAAUUUUGUCAAUCCUGAAAAUUUAAGUAAUAUUGUUACUCAUAAGACACCACCUAAAGAAUUUUUACUCAAACGUAGUACUUCUCGCUGCUUCUUUAAUACUCCUCUUACUUCUGGUCGGACUCUUAUGAGGAAAAAUAGAAAAUACUUUAAACCUGCUCUCUCUAGAGCAGGUUUUUAAAAAGGAUAGAUAUAUAUGUAUAUGUUACUUAAGUCGAGGUACAAAUGUCUGAAAUAAUUGUCGAUUAUUUAAAUAUAAUUAUACUUCAGUAUUUACAACUGUACAACGCAAUAAUUCUGUUUUGUUCAAAAACUUCAAUAUAACUUUACACAUAGA